AUGCCCACAAGAACGGUAUUGGCGCAACUGCCCCGCAAUUCUCAGAGCCCUAGUAGAAUCACCGACACGUCCCUGACGCUCUUUGGUGACAGAGAGCCAAAUAACCGACGGUUGGUUAAGGGAAGAGGGUCCCCCAGCCGCAAUAACGUGAGAGCAUGUGAUGUGGCGAUGGGUCCCCCACCACAUCUAUUCGCUGUGAUGCAGAAUAUAGGUUCCCUUUAUGAGGAGAUGGCCCGACAGUUGGUGUCCACAGGAAACUGGAAGGGUGUCCCUGUUAGACGUUGCCGUGGUAAUAGUGGUGAGCUUUGUCUCGUUUCCAAUGGAUCUCCUAUAAGUCAUGAAGGGUUUGCGCUUCUCUUGGGUGAGAAAAUUCCAGCAGAGAAAUUUGUUGCCACUCGCCGUCUUAUGUCUGGGAGGACUGAAAAACCUUCCUCUAAGAAAAUUGAUAAACUAACCUCAUUUUAUCAAAAAAACAAUACACUUGUUGUAAACUGUGUGGAGAGUUUGAGGUGCAUCACACUUAAGGGGAGUAUGGUUUCUACACUUCUUGAAUAUUACUCUUACUCUUGGGAACGCUUGGGACAAUAUUUACCGCGGACAUUCCGAGUCUUCCCUCGAAGACCUCAAAGUGAUGAGCGAGAUCAACUAAUAGAAACUCUUCGAAGUAAGUCUUAUCGUGAUACAUUAUGGAUAGCAAAGAGCUCGUCAGGGUGUCAUGGGGAUGAUGUGGAGAUUUUCCGCAACGACUCUAAAGGUUUAAAGAGCCUUCUUAGAUAUGUAGAUUCACGAAAGGAAUCAUACAUGUGGGUGGUGCAGUUGUAUAUUGACCGUCCUCUUUUAUAUCACCGUCGCAAAUUUGAUAUCCGAUGUUGUGUUCUUUUAUGUGCUGACCAAUAUGAAAUUUAUGUUCAUGAGGAGUUAGUAAUGCGCAUGAGUAGUGUAGAAUACGGAGCACAUAGCGCUACAGCUAGAACUGCUGAAGGCCGUCUAGCACAUAUAACUAAUCAUUGCGUUCAGGCAGAAGGUGAAGCAUACUCAGCCUUUGAAGAGGGUAAUGAGUUAUGGAAAGAACACCUUGAUGCCGUUAUUCGUUAUAAAGGUAAACGAAUGCUUGAAAAAGGAAUAAUGCAUGAUGGUGCAAACCCUAAUCUAGAGCCUUCUCUGAAAAAUACAAUAUUGCCACAGAUACAUCACAUUAUUCUAGAAACACUUCUUGCUGCCAGAAGUUCCAUUCCUGGCGAACGCUCUCCAUCAUGUACACCAUGUUUUCAAGUCUUCGGCUAUGACUUUUUAAUUGAUGAGAGGCUACGGGUUUGGCUUCUUGAGAUUAACGGUUCUCCUGGUACUGCAGAACGAGUGAUCACAACGCUAGUUGCAGACACUAUUGAGAUAGUGUUAAUGCCUUUUUUUCCUGACACCACCAAGAAUGCUAUUCGCCAAAGGGGAUUGAGUAAACGCAAUGGAUAUCUGAAGUUAUUUCCGUAG